AGUCCACCCGACCCAACUGCCUCUCCUUCCCCCGUUCUCCCUCCGCCCAGUUCACCAUUUCUGCGCCGCUGCGCAAAGAGGAGCCGCCACCGCGAGGCGACCAGGGAGAGCGAGAGACGCGGCGGAUACCUAGCCGUCGAUCCGGGCCGAUGGCCGCGCUCGCCCCUGCCGCUUCCGUCCUCGUCAUCCUCGCCCUCGCCCUCGCCGCCUCGGCGCUCGCGCCGGUGGUCUCUGCGGUGCCCUUCAUCGUCCUGCACGGGAUCGGGGACCAGUGCGGGAACGACGGGAUCGCCUCCUUCACGGACGAGCUUGGGGAGUGGUCGGGGUCCAAGGGCUACUGCAUGGAAAUUGGGAGAGGAGCACGGGACUCUUGGUUAAUGCCACUUCAGGACCAGGCAGAUGUAGUUUGCAAGAAGGUAAAGGAAAUGAAAGAACUUCGUGAAGGUUACAGCAUAGUUGGCCUUUCUCAGGGGAACGUAAUUGGACGGGCAGUAAUUGAGUAUUGCGAUGGUGGACCACCGGUAAAGAAUUUCAUCUCAAUUGGGGGUCCUCACGCUGGAACUGCUUCAGUGCCACUUUGUGGUUCUGGUAUUUUUUGCAUUCUAGUUGAUGCUCUGAUUCAGUUGGAGAUAUAUUCAAACUUUGUGCAGGCACACCUUGCCCCUAGUGGUUACCUAAAGAUUCCCACUGAUAUGGCAGAUUAUUUGGAGGGCUGCAAAUUUCUUCCAAAGCUUAAUAACGAGAUACCAAGUGAAAGAAAUACUACAUAUAAAGAAAGAUUUAGCAGCUUGGAGAACUUGGUAUUAAUCAUGUUUGAGGACGAUGCAGUCUUAAUACCUCGGGAAACAGCAUGGUUUGGUUAUUAUCCUGAUGGCGCCUUCAGUCCAGUGCUGCCUCCUCAAGAGCCUUGUGCUGCAGACGAAGCUAUAUACCGAGGACUGGAUCGGCUUGAAGACUUUGGAUGAGGCUGGGCGCGUUAAGUUUGUUUCAGUGCCAGGAGGUCACCUACGCAUCUCCAGGAGCGACAUGAAGAAGUACAUAGUACCAUACUUGACAUCGUGUGGAUCAUCCAAACAGAGUGUUCGCCGGAUCUUGUCAAUUUAAGGAUCCAAAAAAAACCUCAGGUGUUUGUCGGAUCUUAUGAAAUUGAGUACACAAAAACCACGCAUGCAGUUAUAAUCGAACUAGUUCUGAGUGUUUGUAUGCCC